AUGAUUACCCUAUCUGAAACCAUCGUGUCCAAUGAGCGGAUCACUUCGACCCUCCCUCCGGGUCUUGUGGCCGUCUUCGUCGGAGGCACCAGUGGUGUUGGUGAAUAUACACUCAAAUCAUUCGCCAAGUAUGCUGUCAGUCCACGAGUGUACCUUGUUGGCCGGUCCCAAGAGUCUGCCGACCGCAUUAUAAAGGAGUGCACGCAGCUCAACACUGGAGGCAAAUUCGAGUUCAUCAAAGCCGAUAUCAGUCUUUUGAAGAAUGUGGACGAAGUAUGCAACCAACUCAGGAGCAAAGAGACGAAAAUCAACAUCUUGUUUGAGACUCAGGGAACUAUGGCUUUCGACAAAAAAACAUCUGAGGGCCUCCCCUUUGCCAUCGCCGUUAGUACGCACUCACGCAUACGCUUCAUCCUCAACCUUCUCCCUCUCCUCCGCAAAGCGGAUCACCUACGUCGAGUAGUCAGCGUCGCCGCUGCCACUUGUGAGGGACCCAUCGAUCUGCACAACAUCACAGGAGUGGACCUUUCCUUGUUGCCUUGGCGCAACCAACUGGCCUCCAUUCAGACUCUAUUGCUUGAAGAAAUGGCCAAACGGGCCCCUGAUGUCAGCUUCGUGCACACAGUUCCCGGAGUCGUCAAAAGCGGAAUUUUACGUGACGCAGAAGGAACUGCGAUGGCGAUUCGGAUUGCCAUUUCGAAGUUGCUCAUGCCGCUGAUUGCUACAUCACCUGCAGAAUCGGGGGAGAGACAUGCUUUUGUGGCUACAAGUGCAGUGUAUCCAUCAGGCCAGAGGAAUGGCGUAGACUGUGCCGGGGUACCAUUGCAGGGCAGUCUAACGACGGCUAGAGGUACUGAUGGUAAGCCCGGUAGUGGUGUCUACUCGAUUAGUAACAAGUGUGAGGUUGCCUCACCGAAGGUUGAAGAGUUACUAGCGACUUUUAGGAAGGACGGUACUGCGGAAAAAGUGUGGAACUAUUUUGCUGCUGAUUUUCAGAGGAUUACGGGGGUGGAUGUGCUGUUGUAG